CCGCAAUCUGACAGGACGUAAACAAACCACGUAUUGGUUCGGAAUGGGAAAAUAAUCUGUGAGAAAAUUGCUUCCCCCAGCUGAAACAGCGUUUGCAAUCGCGAUUUUAUCAUUGAAUUAAGCGCAAUGGAAACGGGUUUUGGUCGCACCGUGUGAAACACCUCGUUUCGUGAACUGUUUGUGUGUGCUUGUGAUUGUGCGUGUACUAAAGGGUUUUGUUCCGAGCUGUGCUAAUGCCGAGCUCCGAUGGCAGGUUGCGGACAUGUGUAGCGAUGAUAGUGGCCCGUCGCGAAGGUGGUCAUGCAGUCGGCGUGUAGUGCUAUCGCGAACCGUGCUAACAUAGAGGGGAACAAUUGCAUGUGCCGGUCGGUGGUGGUGAUAGCAUAACCAUACAAUUCCGCGCUGCGUUGCAUUGUGGUGUGGAAAGCUGCGGCGGGCACGCACGGCCGGAUGUAGUGCAGGUUUCGCGUUUGUUUUCGCGUGCAGUCGUAUUGUUCCUGUGCAGUGAUCACUCGUGUGUUAUUGUCGAGUGGCACGCACGUUCGGUGCGAGUAGUUUGAAUUUCCGCGAAGCAGCAGCAGCAACAGCAGUGCGAUAACGAGCGUCAUGCGGCCACGUAAGACGAUCCUGCUGGUCGGCGUGUUGGUCAUCUGGGUGCUGAUGACUUAUCUCGCGUUUAUGCGCUCCGUCCGGGGGACGGGCGGGUCGCGGCCCCGGCCUGCCUUCACAAGCAACAAGCUGAUGCUGGAAAAGGUGCAGGACUUUGAGCAGAAUCUGAAGAGCUUUGCCGACAGCCGGCAGAAUUUGUACCGUGACAUUAUAAACAUUCUGCGGCGGACCGACAAGGUAUCGAGCGUUCCGGCGCAACCGAUCCCGGCCGUGCCGUCGCAAGAAUCUCCCGGCCUGGUUGUGCAGGAAGCGGAGGUGCCGAAAGAGCGACAAGCACCACCGGUAGAGGAAGAGGAUGGGAAGGGUGUACUGGGCGUGCCGGCACCGCUCGCCCCCAUACCCGAGGCAGAAGACGGACGGCCCGAGGUGGAGCGGGUGCUGAGCAAGUUCCAGCAGCGCUAUCUCAACAACGAUCCGGCCUUCCCCGUCAUCCCGGUGGUCGUGUUCGCGUGCAACCGUAUCUCCGUCAACAAGUGUCUGGACGAUCUGAUACGCUAUCGGCCGAGCGCAGAACAGUUUCCCAUUAUCGUGUCGCAGGACUGUGACGAUGAGGCGACACGCAACACCAUCCUCUCGUACCGGGACGAGGUGACGCUGAUCCAGCAGCCGGACCAGUCGGACAUACCCGUGCCGCCGAAGGAGAAGAAGUACAAGGGGUACUACAAAAUCUCGCGCCACUACGGCUGGGCGUUGCGGGCCGUCUUCGGGCAAGGGUUCGAUUCGGUGAUACUGGUCGAGGACGAUCUGAGCGUGGCGCCGGACUUUUACGAGUACUUCCUCGGCACCUACCCGAUACUGAAGCGCGACAAGUCGCUGUGGUGUGUGUCGGCGUGGAACGACAACGGGAAGGAGGGAUUAAUUGAUACGACCGCGCAUGAUCUGCUCUAUCGGUCCGAUUUCUUCCCCGGGCUGGGAUGGAUGAUGACGAAAGAUCUGUGGGACGAGCUGGAGCCGAAAUGGCCGAAAGCAUUUUGGGACGAUUGGAUUCGGCAGCCGGAGCAGCGCAAAGAGAGGGCUUGUAUACGGCCGGAACUGCCCCGGACGAGAACGUUUGGCAAAAUUGGUGUAUCGAAUGGUCUAUUCUUCGAUAAACAUCUAAAGUUCAUCAAGCUCAGCGAAGAGUUUGUUAGCUUUACCAAAACGAACCUUUCCUAUCUGGUGAAGUCUGCAUACGACGAUGCGUUCCUUAAAACCGUGUACCAGAGUCCGGUGGUAACGCUGGAUGAACUGAAGCGUGGCAUGGUAAUGACGCGUGAGCCGAUUCGCAUAGCGUACCACACCAAAGAGCAGUACAAACGGGCCACCAAAAACCUCGGCCUGAUGGACGAUUUUAAGAGCGGCGUACCGCGGACGGCCUACCGGGGCGUAGUUUCGUUCUUCUACAACGGCCAGCGGGUGUAUCUGGCGCCGAGUGCGAACUGGAAGGGUUACGAUCUCACCUGGAGUUAACAGAGCGCUCCACUGCCCAGCCUGAUCUAGCAGCGCAGCAUUGUUAUCGUUUUGCUGCGCAACCUGUUUCCACGUGCGUUCGCUUCCGUGAAGAACUGACUUUUCUUACACAACCAACACACACACACACAUCGUACGCGUGGUAGAGGAAACACAGCAUGAUGUCGUGGUGGCCUUUUUUUGUUUUGUUUUAGCGUAAAUUUUGUAGGGGACGUUUAAAAAUGGAUUUCAAAAUUCAUCUCGAUUGCUGACGUGGUGGUAUGAGUGAUGCAACAGCAAAAGCAACCACCAUUUGCUCACUUCCCUGCAAUAGUUUUGAUAUUGUUUUGCCUUUACUGCAAUCCACACACACAUACGCAAAAGUGUUAAUCAUUCCCGUGCGUUGAACACCUGCAAAUAGCUUAGUUUAUCGCUAGUGUUACGCACUCGAGGCAAAAAACCGCUCAAUUCCGCUGUAUGAACUGGCAAAGUGAUUGAAACAAUCACCAUCUUAUUAUUACAUUUUAUGUUAGGGCAUUUAGGCAUUUUUUGUAUUUUUUUAUAUUUUGUUUCAGUGAAACGAUUUUAUAGACAUAUAGAAGAAAGGUGAAAUGCUAGAAUAAUUACGUUACCCUUACUGCACUAUCCACUGAACAACCAGUCACCAGCCUGUUUAAGUGUAUCGUUAUUCUUUUCUAACUCAAUCACCAACUAUCAACACAGUUCCUUGCUAUCGCUAUCGUAUCUACAGUACGUUCCUUUUUUCCGUGCAAAGUUGCGUAACACCAACAAGUCUUCUACUUUUUGAUACUCGACCUGAUUCACAGAGCAUUGAUUUGUGAUGCAAGCCCAGGAGAACAGUUAGAAUUUAAGAAAAGUGCAUACAAAGCACACCCACUGCACUGCUUAUGCGCUGCAGCAGCUAGUCAAAUGAGUGUUUGUUUUGAAUGUAUGUGAUGCGUGUAUGCGUGCGUGUGGAACCACUCCAUUUGCCACACAGCCGACAUGAGAAAUGCCAGAAUGCAGUUUAAGCCGUUAGCCAGACAGCAACAAAAACCUAAAAGCAAUACAUUUUGGCUCCAUCUUUUAGUAACUUUGGGUAAUGAAACGUUUUAAAAAUUACAAUAUAAAUAAAUGCUAGCAAAAAAUGCAUCACAAUUGAAAGGAUGGCUAGGAACGGUGGAGUCCUGUCGAACAGUGUAGUGUGUUUGGGAAAUGGUAUGUUGUGAAAGCGGGGAAUAGAAUGCAAAAGAAAGAAGAGAGAGAGAGAACUAAUCUUUACAAUGAGACAUAAAAAUCGUACGUUAGCAGCAAAAGGAUGCCAAUGUCAUUCAUUGAUACCCACAUUAAGCGCAAUGGUAUGGUCUAUGUAAAUAAGCAAAACACGACAUAAGGUAGCAUUUUUAAAUAGUAGUAAAAAGUCGAAAUCAAACACCGAAACUGUACGUGUCAAAUGGUACUCUCGAUUGGAGCGAAACAUAAAUCAGUGUAGCAACAAUUGCAAAAAAAUAGUAACAAUCAUAAGCAAGGAAGAAAUCGUGAAAGAGAAAAGGAGAGCCAAAAAAAAAAAAACAAACAGAAACAAUGAACGGAAAGCGUUUGUAUGAAACUCUGUACUCACUGUGAAAUAAAUGUACACACUUUACGCCAGCAUACACUCUCACAUACACUGUGUGAAACAUUGUAAAUAAAUCAGCUCUUUGCAGCUCUUGUGUUACUGUA